AUUUUAUGUCUGGCAAGGAAGACGAAUAUGAGAAGUUGCUGUCUGAGCAAAAUCUGAAGGAUAGAUUGGAGGCUCCAUAAACGGAGACUGCGAGAUAAAGGAAAUGGCGAAUAGUGAAAAGAAAGUUUGCAGAAGUUUAAGUGUACGCAAAGUAAGGUUUCAUAAUGGGAUCACUGGUUGGAGGUGGGUUUGGAUUAGUUACGGGAUUGUGGGCAGCAGUUUAAUACAAAAAAUUAUCUAUGAUUCCAAUAUCAGUAAUAGUGAGUGGGGGAAGUUUUGGUUUCAUCAUGGCAUGUGGUAGUAUGAUUCGAAGUGACGAGCUUGUGGCUGGUGAAUAUUAGUAGCAUUUCAGGUUGAAUGAUUAGGAAGUGCCAAUACAAUAGUUCUGGUUGAAUAGAAGGUUUGAAUGA